UCCCCAAAUCUGCACAGCGAGGAGAGAAAGAAGCAGCAGUGACUAACAAAAGCAUUCUUGGCUUUCAGUUUAAGAAGAAGAAGAAGAAGAAGAAGAAGAAGAAGAAGAAGAAGAAGAAGAAGAGAGGAAAAAAAGAGUAGGAGAAUAGGUUGGGCAAGAUCAUUUAAUUUAGGGAGAAAGUGAAGGAGAAGGGCGUGACAGGACGGUGUCAGCUCGAGAUCAUCAUCAUCAUCAUCAUCAUUUUCAUCCGCCUCCAGAUUCGAAGUAACGGAUAGUCGCGCAGCGCUGCAUGACGGAUAAGAAGUGAGCAUAAACAGGAUGAGAGCGACUAUGAGGAUCACGAGGCUGCUGCUUUCACUCAGCUUUCUUUUUCUCAGCGUCUGUUCAAAUGCGGACACCCAGACUGCGGGGACUGGUGGUGGUGCAUCCGGGACCGUUCAGCCUACGAAGAUUGAUACAGUAACUGUUGCUGGAGCGCAACAAAGUGGUGUGACUAAACCUACGCCGGCACCAACAUCCACAAAGCCAGCUGCUGCAGCAACCAUGAUCGCUAUGACCACCAAAGCCAAGCCUACAGACAGUUCAAAUCCUGCCCAAUCACAGGCACCCACUGGCACAAAGAACACACCCACACCGGCCAUUAUCUCCUCAGUGACUGUGGCGAAUAAGGCCACUACUGCUGCCACUGCUGCUGCCAUUGGGACCCCUAGCCCACUAACGACCGUGACCCCAGCUCAAAGCAGCAGUGCCUUAGCCGUAACCCCCAGUGCCACCACAAUGAAGAUGGCAAAUGACAACAUUACCAGUAAAACAUCUGGGCUGCCCAGCAACGUGGGGACAACCGAGAUGACAAAGGUCUCAACAGCUGCCCCUCCUUUGAGGCAACAGUCCACUACUCACACCACCAUCACCACCAUCACCACCAACACCAACAACACCACCAACACCAACACCACCAACGCUAGCCAGGACAGCCAAGGAGGUGCCGAGAAGACAACUGUGACGGCUACAGGCUCCAAUCAGAUAAAGCCGAGGGCCACGGAGCCGUCUGGGAACAAGGUGACCACCAACACCCUCUCCACCCUGACCAAGGCAGGAGCUCAUGUCCCCCAGACCUUUGGUACCAAAGCUGGCCCCAUACCCCCGCAAACCGCCACUACAACAACAACCACAAUCACCACCACUAGCAGAACCAGCAGCACCACCACAGCGGCUCAGCCAAAUACGUUUCUGUAUUCUCUUAACGGGCACGAGAAAAAGGAGGAGAAAGAUCUGGUGGAGGUGUGCAGGCGGCUGAUGGUCAAUUUUCAAGAUGGGAAUUGCACCCUGAAAUGGCAGAACUACAACGGCAAAAUGUUUGACUAUGUGAAGAUAAAUGGCAAAAUGAAGGCCAGCCUUGCAAACCAGUACUAUGAAGAAAUCACUAAGGAACCAACAGGUAACAAAACCCUGAUAGCCAUCCUGGCCUCCUGUGGCGCUCUGCUGAUCAUGAUCGUCAUUCUCGCCGUUUGUGCCUCCCACCACCGCAAGCCGUACAACGAGAACCAGCAGCACUUGACUGAGGAGCUACACACGGUGGAGAACGGUUACCACGACAACCCGACGCUGGAGGUGAUGGAGGUGCAGCCGGAGAUGCAGGAGAAGAAGACGGCGCUGAACGGAGAGUUCAACGACAGCUGGAUCGUCCCCAUCGACAACCUGCUGAAGGAGGACAUAGCGGACGAGGAGGACACGCACCUGUAGAGACGACCAGGACAAAGGAGGUGGAGGAGUCAGUGACAGAACAAAACAACAACGCCAAAACAUACAAAAUAAUCCACACACUGCUCCAAGACAACCCUUAUUUUACACUCCUGACCCUGGGGGUUGUCCCUGUAGCUAAAGAAGACUUUCCUCACAAACACAUGCUUCCUAUAGAACAGCCAAGCCCCCACAUUAAUGCAGUCUGUCUAUCUGAUAUAUUUCUACUCUAGUUUGGUAGAAAAAUUAAAAGAGGAUUAAAUAUAUCAGACCCUUUUGGGAUGAAGUAGCAAUCAAAUUGUACGAGGUGGCCUUUAAAAAAAUCCCCUAAAUCAUUCAGUGUUGUGCCUAUACAUUAGUUUUUAUAGAAAUAAAGGGCUUUUUACAGUGCACAAUUCAAAAUGACUCAUUCUAAAAACUCAAAGUUCCUUUUCAAAAAAAACAAAAAAAAACAGAUUUGAUUUGUACACAAGCACCUGUAAAUAAAGUAUUUUAAAGAUAUUUUCUGCGAGCGAGGAAGAGUCAGGGAACCCAAGGAGGAAGAAGCUGUCUCCACAGUUCUAGAGUUACUGACGUAGGUGACCUCGGGCUUCAGAGCGUCCUGGUAAUGUCCGCUAGUGUGGGUGUCCGCUGAAAGGUGGCGAACUGGUAGACUGUUCAUUAAGAAAGAGAAUGAAUCGAAAAUAAGACAAACGAAGGGUUUUAAUCCAUGAUGCUAAUAAUAAUGAGGCGAGGGUGUACGGAAUGCCUGAGGGGGAAAAUCACAAGUUUAUUUUUGUUGCGCUUUCUCUAGACAUGACAUGUUUUCAUGUGAUUACAAAAUAGGAAAACAUUUCCAGCUUCCUUAAUAAAUGCGGCAAUCUGAAAUAGGCGAUGUGUAACCACGGUAACUCGUGCCAAUCUCAUGUAACCAAACGACGAUUUGUGUGAAUCAGAAAGUCUGACGUUUUUUUAUAAAUAUAGAUUAAGCCUAGUUAAACCUACACCUUCAAUCGAAGCGUUAUUGACAUUAAAUAGCUGUCUGCCAUCGUCUUUUGUCGUUACCGCAUUGCAUUGUGGGAUAUUUAUGCCGCAGCUCCCAGUGUAAACCUAUUGUAAUAUUUAACCAGAUAUAGUAAGCAAUUCACAUACUACUGGUUCAGACAUACUGAAACACCUCUCAUACAGUUUUAGUUCUAAAUAGCAUGUUAUAAUGGAAGUCCUUGCUUUGUCCCCUCUGGCUUCCCAUACAUGGAGGACAUCACUCAGAAUUUCACUUUUUUUUUAAAAUGAGCUUUACCUUCUUUCAUUCAAAAUAAAAAUCACAUUAUUACUCAACUUAACUGAUAAAUCUCAUUUUAGGCCUUUUUUUUUGUUUUUACUCAGUAUUUCUGUCAGUUAUUAAAAUUCAUGAGCAAUAACAGAUACCCUUGAUUACUUAGGUAAUUGUACAUAGGUAUUGACUAGGAGCUUUUAGCCAGUUUUAUAACAAAAGUAAAACAGGAAGUUGAAACUUCCAGAUAUGCAUGCUGUACCCGUUUUGUGGUCACAUUCAACUGGCCUAAUGAAAACGCCUUUAAAGCAAUUUACUAGACAGAAAACUUGGGAAAUGAAGGGAAAUUGGACUGAUGCUGGUUUCGUGUUUAAAAAAACCGCCUAUGAAGCCGACACUGUAAAUAGUUUUUGUCCUCUACGCCGUCGUUGCUGCUGGAGGGAUGGAGUCUGGUGAUGAUUUUAAAUUGUCUGACCCUCACAGCAGACCCGGGCACAUUUCGUUUUGGAUUCUGUUCAGUUUGAAUAAUUUCCUUCUUUUUAAACCUAUUAAGUUAAUAUAUAUAUAUGUACUUAUACACAAGUGAAUCCAUCACCUUGAGCACUCCAAUCAACCUUUUGAUUGCAUAUUUUUGUUAUUUUGUUUGUGUGUCUACAGUUUCACUUUUAUUAUAGCUGUGAUGUUUUCACCAAAGUACGUUACCAGUAUUUUUAUGUAUUUAUGGAAUGUUUGCCGCUGAAGGCAAACAACAGGGGUCUGACACACUGGAAGCUGUAAAUUGUUGAUCACCUUGGUGGUCGUGUUGUUCUACCUGUUCAGAUUUGAUAAAUAAAAGGCAGUGGUUUUCUUUUUC